GCGCAUGUAACAACUUACUGACAAGUUACUGCCAAACCAAACAGAGAAGUAGCCUACAGCGAAAUAAUAGAGCUUUAAGGCCAAAUAUGAAUAAAUGGAAGAGGAAAAAAAGCUGUUCUCAAAUUAUGAGGAAAUCCGUUGAGCGCUGACAGCGUCAUGGAUGUGCAAUUUACUGUUUCUGGUUUGGUCAAUGGGUUCAUUGCACCUGUAUGCAUUAGGAGACUGGUGUCGCCGCUGGGGAAGCCUCGCUAGACCCGGUCGUGCAGUUUCAGCACCAGCGCCGCAGAAGGCAUCAGCACAGCUGACGUAUUCAUAAAGGAGAGCAAACGCGAAUAUCAGACGCGAUGUCUUCGGCAGUAUUAGAGAAAUUGCUCAGAGGUCGUCUCUUUCAUGCCAGACAGUACAUCAUGAGGCAUAAAUCCAAGAUCACAAUGGCUCCCACUGAAAACUGUGAUAUUCUUAUGACAUGCCCAGACAUCACAGAUGACCAUACACUGUUAUGGUUACUUAACCAAAUCCGUCUGGAAAUUCCACAAAUCAGAAUCCAGAUUCGGCAGCAUAAAUACACUCACACCUAUGCAUUCUUCAUUACCUCAACCUUUGAGAACUUGUUGCGUGGAGCUGAACAGAUGGGCAUGCAAAAGGCAGUGAAGGUACGUUAUGGAGGCGGCACUCGCAGGUUUUCAUGUGAGGAGGAUGACAUCUAUGAGAACAUAGAGAGUGAGCUGUGUUUCUUCACAUCACAGGAGCGUCAGAAUAUUAUAAAAUAUUGGUUGGACAAUCUGCGGGCCAAACAGGGCGAGGCACUUCAUAACAUUCACUUCCUGGAGGGUCAACCAAUCAUACCAGAGCUAAUAGCGAGGGGUGUAAUUCUUCAAAUGUUUCCCCUUCGUGACCAGAGAAUUCUGAACCACCUGAUGACGUCCUGGGUUCAGGCAGUCUGUGAGAGGCAACCCCUAGAUGAUAUCUGUGAUUAUUUUGGGGUGAAGAUUGCCAUGUACUUUGCAUGGUUGGGGUUUUACACCAACUCUAUGCUGUACCCAGCAGUGAUUGGCUUUCUGCUCUGGAUCUUUGCUGAGUCUGAUCAGACAAGUCAGGAUAUUUGCUGUGUGGUUUUUGCCAUUUUCAACGUGGUGUGGGCAACACUGUUCCUGGAGAGAUGGAAGCGGCGGGAAGCAGAAUUAGCAUACAAGUGGGGAACACUGGACACCCCUGCAGAGUCACUGGAGGAACCCCGUCCACAGUUUCGGGGUGUUAAACGUCGCAGUCCAGUGACGGGUUGUGAAGAGUUUUUCUAUCCACCCUGGAAGAGGAGAAUGUUCCGCUGCUUUGUCAGCUUGCCCAUCUGUAUCUUCUGUCUUUGCUUCGUCUGCUUGGCCAUGUUUGUUUGCCUGGAACUUCAAGAAUUUGUAAUCGAAACAAAAGAGUUGCCAAGCAUCUGUAGAUUUAUUCCAAAAAUUCUGCUUGCUAUAACUGUUACUGUAUGUGAUGAAGUGUACAAGAAAAUAGCUCUUUGGCUUAAUGAUCUGGAAAAUUACAGACUUCAGAGCACUUAUGAUAAUAAUCUCAUCCUCAAGACCGUUUUUUUUCAGUUCAUAAAUUCUUACCUCAGUCUUUUCUACAUUGGAUUUUAUCUCAAAGAUAUGGAGCGGUUAAAAGAGAUGCUGGCCACAUUGUUGAUCUUCCGCCAAUUUCUACAAAAUAUCAAAGAAGUAUUACAGCCGUAUCUCUAUGAACACCACAAAUUAGGGGCUCUGAGGCCGUUAUGGGACUUAAUUCACACCAUGCUCUUGAGCUAUAGCCAUUUGAUAGUGCAAAGGGUGCGACUGACUUGCCAAGCCAGUCUAGAUGUGAACAAAAGUGGCACGUCUCCAGACCAAUCCGAGAAGACAGAAAGGAGAAGUUUGAUUGCCAGCUACAGAGUUUCCAAAACAGAGGAAGCAGAUGAUACUGCUCUAAAGCAAAGGAAGGUCAGCUUCACUGAGAAAGUGGAAUACAAAGACAAGGUUGUGGAAGCACCAACACAGGACAGCAUACUGGACGAUGGCAGUCCUACUCUUGUAGAGGAAGGAAUGGAUCCAUCCUCAAUAUUUGAUAUGUGUGAUGAUGAUGAUGAUGAUUAUGAUGAUGAGAAUGUCAAGGAAACUGAUGAUACUGUGAGUAAACCCCAAGAGCCUCAGAGGAGAAAGACCAAAUGUGCAGGAGACAACCACAGUAUGGACAAGAAAGUGUCCUGGAUGGACCCUCCAGAGGAGACUGGGUCUACCGUUUUGACCCAACCAGAGAUUGAAAGUUGCAUGCUAACUUAUGAGGAUACUCUUCAAGAUUACCAGGAGAUGUUCAUACAGUUUGGCUACGUUGUGCUCUUCUCAUCUGCAUUUCCUCUGGCGGCCAUGUGUGCCCUCAUAAAUAACAUUGUAGAGAUCCGAAGUGAUGCCUUAAAACUUUGCUCAGGCCUCCAGAGACCCUUUGGACAAAGAGUAGAGAACAUUGGACAAUGGCAGACUGCAAUGGAGGCUAUGGGUCUGAUUGCAAUAAUUGUGAACUGUUACCUUAUUGGCCAAUGUGGACAGCUACAACGACUCUUCCCCUGGUUGAGCCCUGAGAUGGCCAUUGUCUCUGUUGUAUUACUAGAGCACUUUGCCAUUCUGCUCAAAUAUGUAAUUCAUGUUGCAAUUCCUGAUAUUCCAAACUGGGUGGCAGAUAAGAUGGCCAAACUUGAAUACCAGCGGAGAGAAGCUCUCAAGAAACAUGAACGCCUGGCUCAGCAGCACCAGCAGCAGCAAUGGAGGAAGAAUGAAGAAGAGGAGGAGCAUCAAAAAAUGGCAGAGGAAUUGGCACGACAAGAAAGCGACAAGUCAAAUCCCAGUGGAGGUGAAGAUCAUCACCAUGAUAAAAGCCCAGGAACCAAGUCCAGCUCUGGAGGAGAUAAGAUUAAGAGACCCAGCUCCCUUUUAAGCAACAAUAAUGUAAUGAAACUUAAACAAAUAAUCCCAAUUCAGGGUAAAUUCACCUCCGCCACUUCUCCCACAAGUGGUGAGGCCAAACUUCCAGGUUUUCUAAAGUUCCUCAAGUCUCCAGAGUUAAAAAAGGAAGCAGCGAUGGCAGUUGUGCCAGCAGCGACACAAGGGAGCCAAGAGAAAUCACAGUCUCCUAGCAAGUCAUUCAAUCCAGGCAAACUAUUCAACUUUGGAAAAGAUAAUCAGUGUACUGGUGCUGGUUCUGAACAACAAGCUAAACCAGAAGAUGCCUCCAGGUCCACUUAUGCACAACACACAAAUAAUGACCAAUUUCCUUCACCAGAAGAGCUUCCAUCUUCUGAGGUUGAAAAGGAUGAGACCACUGACUCUGGUAGUAAUCCUUCAAAAAAUCAGUGAAUGAGACAGUGAUACAACUCAAUAUAUAGCACUGAUUGUGAUGUUUAUCAUUUGCUUAAAUGUGAUAAAGCAACCAUGUAGUGAGUAAAAACUGCAUGUCAAAUAUUGCUUCAUUUUAAUAUAAUAUAUUAUUCUGAGAUCUUCAUAUCUCUAUCCCACUGAAGGAGGCAUGCUAAAGCACCUGCAUGAUAAAAUCAACUUGGACAUGAGAAGAGUAGAAAUUUGAAUGAGCACUGUUAUCAUAUAAAAUGUACAGAUUUUCUAUUUUUCUACGCAUCAUUAUUUUUGUUACAUGAAACAGUAAAUUACAUAAUCUAUAAA